AUGGCCUUCUCCAAGGCUUUGCUCUUUGCCGUCCUUGCCAGCCUCUGCUUCUAUAGCUCUGUUCAUGCAGCUCGUGAGCUGAAUGAUGACUUGUCCAUGAUGGCGAAGCACGAGGGUUGGAUGGCGCAAUACGGCCGCGUCUACAAGGACGCUGCCGAGAAGACACAUCGGUUCGAGGUAUUCAAGACAAACGUCAGGUUCAUCGAGUCGUUUAACACCGGAGAUCGCAAGUUUUGGCUUGGCAUCAACCAGUUCGCUGACCUCACCAAUGACGAGUUCAGGGCAACCAAGACAAAUAAGGGAUUCAUUCCAAACAAAGUGAAGAGUCCUACGGGAUUCUUCAGGUAUGAAAAUAUAAGCUUAGAUACACUCCCGACAACGGUGGAUUGGAGGACAAGAGGUGCAGUCACUCCUAUCAAAGAUCAAGGCAUGUGUGGCUCUUGUUGGGCAUUUUCUGCUGUUGCUGCAACGGAGGGUAUUGUCAUGUUAAGUACCGGCAAGCUUGUCUCCCUCUCAGAGCAGGAAUUGAUAGAUUGUGAUAUCCAUGGCGAGGACGAUGGCUGCUAUGGCGGAGACAUGCAGGAUGCGUUCGAGUUCAUCAUCAAGAACGGCGGGCUCACCAUGGACUCCAACUACCCAUACAUGGCAACAAACGGCACAUGCAAGGCUGGAUACAAUAGUUCUGCGACACUCAAGAGCUAUGAGGAGGUACCUGCAAAUAACGAGGGUGACCUCAUGAAGGCUGUGGCAAAUCAACCCGUGUCAGUUGCUGUCGAUGGAGGUGACAUGACAUUCCAGUUAUACUCUGGCGGCAUCUUGACUGGCUCAUGUGGCACUGAUAUGAAUCAUGGAAUUGCAGCCAUUGGUUAUGGAACAGAUAGUAAUGGCACAAAAUAUUGGUUGUUUAAAAAUUCAUGGGGCACAACAUGGGGCGAGAACGGAUACUUGAGAAUGGAGAAGGAUAUUAGUGACAAGAGGGGAAUGUGUGGCAUUGCCAUGAAUGCCUCAUACCCCAUUGCGUAG